GACUGAAUCUCCAUAAGAACAGCGCAAAGCUCACAUCCUAGCAUGCCUAUGGUGUCAUGGAGAUGUGGGGUGUCUUUACCUUGGCCUUCCUUCUGGCCACUCUUAGUUGCCAUGGCUACUCUGACCUCCUUGCCAAGUGCUUCCAGGACCCUGAGUAUGAAGCUAUUCUGAAAACUGCCCAGGAGGGGCUUGGGACCCCUGCCUCUAAGGGGCAUGUCCUGGUGGUAGGAGCUGGGAUGUCUGGAUUGAUAGCGGCCAAGACCCUUCAGGAUGCUGGACACAAGGUGACAGUCUUGGAAGCCACGCACAGAAUUGGGGGAAGAGUGGAAACAUUCUGGAGUCCAGAGAAGAACUGGUACAUUGAACUAGGUGCUAUGAGGUUGCCAGCCAACCACAGACUGGUCCGAUUCUACGUGGAGAAGCUGGGUCUGAAACUGAACCCUUUUAUCCAGUCUAGUAACAACACCUGGUUUUAUAUCAACGGCCGCCGGCAUAGGACCUCAGAUGUGUUGAACAAUCCCGACAUCCUGGGCUACCAUGUGACACCUGAGGAGUCAGGCAAGAUGCCCAGUGAACUCUUCAAAAAAGCAAUAGCUAAGGUGGUAGAAAAACUGAGACUUACCAACUGCAGUCACGUGCUAUCUACAUAUGAUGCCUUCUCCACCAAGGCAUACCUAGUAAAGAAAGGGAAGCUGAGCCGGGGAGCUGUCCAGAUGAUUGGGGAUGUCUUGAAUGAAGAUGCAGGCUACUACAAAUCUCUCUUGGAGUCCCUGAGGAAUGACAUCAUCUUCUCUAAGUCAGCUGGCUUUGAUGAAAUCACUGGCGGCUUUGAUCAGCUCCCCAAUGCCCUAUACCACACCUUGAAGCCUAACACUGUCUUAUUGGGGGCCACAGUGAGGAAGGUAGAGACAGUCGGGUCUCAGAUCAAGAUUACCUACCAGAAUGGAAGGCAUGACUCAGGCCAGUCCAUCAUCACAGGUGACUUCGCCAUAAUCUCAUCAACAGCCAAGGCCACACGCCUUAUCCAGUUUGAGCCUCCCCUCUCCCAGGCCAAGCAAGAUGCCCUCCGUUCCAUUCACUAUGCCAGUGCAACCAAAGUGGUCCUGGCCUGCAAGGAACGCUUCUGGGAACGGGAUGGCAUCAAAGGUGGGGCAUCCAUCACGGACCUGCCCACGAGAUUUAUCUACUACCCCAGCCAUAAUUUCACUGGCAACAUAGGUGUCCUUUUGGCCUCCUAUACCGUGGGUGAUGAUUCCACCUUUUUCCUGGGCAUUAAACAUGAAAAGGUGGUGGACAUGGUGCUGGGUGACUUGGCAACUAUCCACCGGAGGCCCAAGGAGGAGCUACAGAGACUAUGUCAGACAUCCGUGGUGAAACGCUGGUCACUGGAUCCAUUCUCCCUAGGUGCAUUCGCAGAGUUCACCCCUUACCAGUUUGUUGACUAUUCAGAACAACUCUUCCAGUCUGAGGGCAACAUCUACUUUGCUGGUGAGCACACUUGCCAGCCCCAUGGCUGGAUCGAUACAGCAAUCAAAUCUGGGCUCCGGGCAGCCCGAAACAUACAGGCGGCCAUUAAUGCUGCUGCCACCACCCAUGAUACUGCCUAUGAUACCGACCACUAUGAUACUGACUACGAUGCUCAUGUGGUUUUGGGUGAGGGAUCAUCUCUCUUUCAGGGGAUCAAAGAAAAGUCCUCAAAGGCCUGUUUUUCACAGAGUGAACUUUGAGAGGUGGAGGAUGGAAGGAGGGAGAAAGGAGAGAGGGAAAGUAGGUGAGAUAGGUGUCCAUUAGCAUAACCUAGGGACUGGCGUACAAAGAAAAGAAAUCCAGGUAAACCAGUAUUUAUGGGCAAUUUGCCUAUAAGUUUAUAGGCAAUUUACCAUUACCAUGGAUAAUGCUGGGUAUGAAGAAAUCAAGCAUUAGAGUUUAAUCACAGAAUCAAAAUAACCAAAAGUAAUCUCAGAAGCUGUCUAGUCUGACCCAUACCUCACCCCCCCCCAAAAAAAUCCCUCUUGUUUCUCCCAAGAGAAUCAAGGGCUUGCUUCUUGUUAGGGGCGUCUGUUUGAGGACAGGACAGAGCAAAAGCUUGCCUCUAGCAUAAUUCAAGGAUAAAGGAGCUGGGUAGGGGGGCGUGGGUGGAUCAAUAGGACCUCUAGGAGGGGUGCUGAAAGCAAAUGUUUGAAAUGUGGCUGUGACAGCAGGCCUCCAGCUUAGGGGCAAACAUCUUUCCUAGUAGCCUAAUAACCUAAUAGCUGUGGGCUGAGAGCUACCUAGCCAAGAAGCCCUCUGAAUGGCCUCCAGCUACUUUGGGUGGCCUCAGGGCAGAGAGACAAGGGUAAGAGAUUGUAACAGUUCUUUGCUAUGGGGAACAAUGACAGGCAUGGGAUCUAAGUUUAUCUGGCCAUUCACUUCAUCUCUCUAGCAGAAAUGCCACCUCCCUCUCAUUAAAUGACAUGAAAUAAUAAAUAAGCAAACAUAUCUUUUGGGGACUGAAUAAACUAUAUUUCUUGCA